AGUAGAUGCACCACUCCAACUGGAUCUCUCUGAAAGGUUACUUUGAUCGUCCAUCAGCUCUCGCCUGCUCUGAGAACCUGAUCCUUCCCUGCAAUGAGAGCAGAGCGUGAGAGAAUACACACUUUGGGAGAAGUCCUCCAUGGAGGUAGAUGGGAAAAGUUGCCGCCAAGGGAUCUUCCUGCUGCAAAACGUCCGUUAAAAGUCCGUUUACAUCUUUAAAAUUACUGAAAACUGGCAUGGAAAACCAUAGAUUUAUCUAACGGAAGGAACUACUAGAGGAAGUUCUCAAGAACUCUUUUUAAGGGCGUCGAACAGAGAAGGAACUAAAGAAGGUUUUGGUUUCCGAGCUGCAUUUCGGCCACUCUUUGGACUUGAAGCUCGGGGUUAGUGAGGGUCUCUAAAGAAUCAAAUCAAGCCCAAUAUCACAAAACACGUUUGUCGCAGUGGGCUUCACAGAUUAGAAACAAACAACAACAUUGAAGCCAUGGAUGAAUCCACAGAAGGUCGACAGGAAGUGAUGGAAAGCGAGGCUCUAGUCGAGUUCAGAGCAACGUUACAAGCCGCCAUCAGAGAGGUCCACGUUGACGUCAGUGCCUUCAAGCAACGCAUCGAGAAGAGGAUCGGAGAGCUGAUUAUUCCCAACGGACCUUUGGUGGAGGCGGUGAACCGGCUUCAGGAAGAGAACCAGCAACUCAGAGCCAAGAUGGAGGGUCUCGGCCGGCUGGUGGAGAGCAUCGCCGGGAUACAGAUGGAGAGGAAGGACAAGGAGGAGAGUUUAAAGAAUGGACAAAGAGAAGAAAGAGCGGGAAGAUCCGAGUGCAGCCAGUCGAUGUGUUCGGAGGUUUCGGGGUCCAGCGGAGGGUCGAACUCUGCUUCAACUAACAACCCAGCUCCACCUCCAUGGAGAGCAAAGAGACACGCUGAUACUAACG